GGGCCGAAGUCGAUGACGCUGGCAGAAUCGGAAGCCGCCUCCACGCUGGCCUUGGCCGUGCUGGCGGCGAAAUCCACGGCCCCAGUGCCCGCAGAGAGGUCGCCGAGUCAGACGCCGAAACAGGCCGAGCCGCCCGAGCCUCCGGAGCAGGUGCAAGGUGCGGAGCACGCGAAGGGUUCCAAGGUGGUGGUCGUGAACGGUGUGCCGUAUACCCAGCUGAACACCAUCGGCCGCGGUGGAAGUUCGAAGGUGUACCUCGUCCAGAACCCUCAGGGCUCUACCUUCGCCCUGAAACGAGUGGCGACCGAAAGCGUGAAGCAGCUGGAGGCCUUCCAAAACGAAGUUGUGCUUCUCCAGCAGCUUCGAGACCGAGACAAUGUCAUCCAGGUGGUGGAUGCGGAGGUCGACCGCGAGCGAGGCCGCAUCAACAUCGUCAUGGAGGCUGGCGAUAUGGACCUGGGCCGCUUCCUUCAGUCACAGCCCAGGCUGACGCUGUCUCAGAUCCAGCACCUCUGGAAGCAGAUGCUCGAAGCGGUCCAG